AGAUUGACUGUGGGUGCAAUGAAGUCUCUUCUUGCUUUGGAUUUAUUGCUGGUUUUCCAUUAGGGAAAGUAAGGCAUAAGGAUUUGCUGUACUGCUGAGCACAGAAACAGGGUUUUGCUUGCAGGCUGGGGUUCAACCUCUCACCAGGGUCUCCUAAGCAAAGGGCCUGGGUGCUGGUGAGGGGCUUACUCUGCAUCACGCUGGGUUUUGUGGAAGAGGUAUGAGGGAUAGUUGUUGGUAAAGAGGAGGAGAAGCUGGGCUCCCUUUCCAAGCUCCCUUGCCUUGUGGCUCUCUGGUCUCCUUACUUUGAACUCCUGGAUAAAUACUGCCAUAAUCAGAUGAAAAGAUUUUUUGGGCACUUGUUUAAUUUAUAUGGCUUGUGGUAUGGUCUCUUUUGUGACUGAGCUACUUGUAUUUAAGUGUUCAGACCUACAGAGCGAGCAGAGCAUUCAGAGGUCAGUGAAGAGCCAAAGCAGCAGCUAACUCUUCUUCUUGCUAUGUAAAUAGCAUGAAGGGUGAUUGAACCCGUGAAUCUCCUGAUCUCCAGAUAGCCUCAUUCAGGAGAACCCUCAUUUAUUUUCUUCACCGGUACACGAUUCUGUGAAGAGUUUCUCAUAUUCUGCAAUAUAGAGGUUAAGCAGGAGAGAUCUUUAUUGUUUAAGAACAACUUUGCCUAUUUACAUACAUGUGUGACUGGCAUGACAUUGUUUAUUCUUCUGUGCUGUUCUCCAGGUCUUGAAUCAAUCCAAGAAUGAACAAAUGUAAGAAGUCUUUCGUUAACCCGACUACAAACCUUGACAAGUUCAGUCCUGAAAUUCUGUCUGAAAUUGAGAAGCUCUUCGCAAAGAAGUUUACUUACACUAAGCCAGUGAAUAAUGAGUGGCAGCUUCCAGAUCCCAGCAAUGCUUUUACAAGCGAUCACAAGGAAUUCGACUCACUCCUGGCUCUGAAGGACUCCAUGAAUGACGUGAAGAAUCAACUCAGUGAUAAGAACCUGGAUGAAUGGCAUCAGCACACCUCGUUUACCAAUAAAGCAGGGAAAAUAAUUCCUCAUGUGAAGAAAUGGGUGAAUGCUGAGCUGUGUACCCAGGCGUGGUGCAAGUUCCAUGAGAUCCUGUGCAGUUUUCCUCUUCUCCCUGAAGAAGCUCUUCAGAACAGAGAAUUGAAUACUGUCCACCUCUGUGAAGCACCUGGAGCUUUUAUAGCCAGCCUCAACCACUACUUGAAAUCCCACCACAUCCAAUGCGACUGGAAUUGGGUAGCGAACACUCUAAAUCCAUAUCAUGAAGCCAAUGACACCCUUAUGAUGAUAAUGGAUGACCGUCUCAUAGCAAAUACCUUGCCUUGGUGGUACUUUGGCCCGGAUAACACCGGUGACGUGAUGACACUGAAACACCUAACAGGACUUCAGAACUUUGUAAGUAAUAUGUCCACAGUUCACUUGGUAACUGCUGAUGGCAGCUUUGAUUGCCAGGGGAAUCCGGGAGAACAGGAGGCUCUUGUCUCACCCCUUCAUUACUGUGAAACAGUCAGUGCUUUAAUGAUCCUGGGCACUGGAGGGUCCUUUGUUUUGAAGAUGUUCACGCUGUUUGAACACUGUUCUACCAAUCUGCUCUUUCUGCUAAACUGCUCUUUUGAGGAGGUCCAUGUCUUUAAGCCAGCCACUAGCAAAGCUGGCAACUCAGAGGCCUAUGUGAUUUGUCUUCGUUACAUGGGCAGAGAGAGCAUCCAUCCACUGCUUUCUAAGAUGAUACAGAACUUUGGAACAGAAAUGGUCAACAAAGCACUUUUUCCCCAGCACAUGCUACCAGAAUCUUUUCUUAAACUACAUGAAGAGUGUUGCAUGUUCUUCCACAAGUGCCAGGUAGAAACUAUCUCUCAGAACAUCCGUCUCUUUGAGUGCAUGGGAGAAGCGGAGCAGACAAAGCUGAACAAGUUAAGAGAUUGUGCAGUGGAGUUCUUCAUGCAGAGACUUUGUCUGAAACCCAUUGCCAGAAAGAACUGGCUUGUCAGGAAAUCUCGGACUGGUUGCAGCAUGAAUACAAAAUGGUUUGGGCAAAGAAACAAAUAUUUUAGUACAUACAAUGAAAGGAGGAUGUUGGAAACCCUCACGUGGAAUGAUAAAGUGGCAAAGGGCUAUUUUAAUCACUGGGCUGAAGAGCAUAGUUUAAAUAAUGCUGGGAAAAUAUGUGUCUUGGAAGGAUUGUCUUCUGACCUUGAGUGUAGCUUGUGGUAUGUUUUGGAAGGAAAAAGAUUACCAGUGGUAAAAUGUUCCCCAUUCUGUGAUGGUCAAGUCUUGGAAAAUCUGAAUGAAGCGCUGAAUGCAUUGAUGGGGGGGAGUCCGAAGAGCAGACAGAUACUGCAGACGUGUCAGUCGUGUGAAGUGCUUCCUGGGGAACUGAUACUGGCAGAAGUGUCUGAUCUCUCCAGCUGUCACCAGUUCACGUGCCUUGUGGUAGACUUCCCAUCCCUCUGUGAUAUUGAAAGCCAGCCCAGUAUGGAAACAAAGUUCCUGGACUCAUCCACACUGCUGACAUUCAGCCUCUCUUUGCUUUAUGAUGGAGAGCCAAAGUACCAGCAGCAGCUUUUGGAGUGUAUUCUGCGUUCGUUGGAUCAGCUGACAGUGGGAGAUGCGUUGAUUUUGCCUAUUCUCUCUUGUCUUACACGCUUCACAGCUGGCCUGGUGUUUAUAUUGCACUGCUGCUUCAGACGCAUCACAUUCACUUGUCCAGCCUGCCCUGAGCCCCUGAGGAGCAGCGCUGCUUUGCUGUGCAUUGGUUACCGAGGCCUCCCAAAUCCAGUUGUCCUAUACCUGCAGCAUCUGAAGGAACUCAUGAGCUCUUUGCUUGACACAGACUCUCCCCAGCAAGUUUUGCAGUUUGUGCCCAUGGAGGUUCUCCUCCAGGGCAAGCUGUUGGAGUUCUUAUGGGAUUUAAACACAGCCAUUGCCAAGAGACAGCUCCACUUGAUUGUGGAAGCUAAGCAGCAGCAAAUGACUAGUGAUGUUUCACUUUAAAAUAGCUGUAGAAUUGAGCAAGUUGUUGCUGCUAGACCUUCUUUCACAGGCAGGUAGAAGGUGUUAAAAACAUUGUGAAUGUGAAGGUGAUUUUACUGCAAAAAACCCUGGUGUGAUGUUGUUAAUGCUGGGGGGAAUGUUUUGAGCUAUCAGUCCCACUUGCACCACAUUGGCCUGUUGUACAGAAACAUGAGGCUUAAUCUCAGAUGUAGGGAAGAUGGGAGGGACAAUGCGUGGAGAAACUUCUUUC